AUGUCCUCAUCUUACAGACCAGUGGUUGCCAUCGCCGGCUUGGGUGGUGUUUUGGGCCAGGCCACUCUUGAUGCUCUACUAUCACCACAAUUUGCAUCAAGUUUUCAGUUACCAAUAAGAGUUCUCAUGAGAGACCCUUCUCGUUUCGGUGGCCCUGUUCAUUCAGCUGGAAUGGCCGCAUAUCUCGGUGUUGACUACGAAGACCCUGAGGUCCUCGAUGACGCCCUAGAAAAUGUCGACGUAGUCAUUAACCUCCUCGGAAUGUACCCAAGGUCGUGGAUCAGCCUUGGCGACGCUGCCUAUCGAUGUGGUGCGAAACUAUACAUUCCAUCCGAAUUUGGCCCAGAUCACCGAAUGUUCACAUUCCCAUCGCCGCUAUCGGCCAAACAAGAGCAAUCCCAGCGCUCUCGUGAAGACGGCAUCAAAACUGUCCAAAUCUUCUGCGGAAUGCUCAUGGACUAUGUGAUCCCGUCCGGCUCUUGGUUUGGCGUCGACCUGCCAAACAGGCACAUAGAUGCCGUUGUUCCCGGCGGCGGCCGUGCGGAGCCAAAGAUCUCGUUCACAUCAAUUGGCGAUGUUGCUAUGGCCAUAGCGUCCGUGGCUAGACGCAGACCUAGUACCCUGCCUGACGUGAUCCAUAUAGCCGGUGACACCUGCACCCUGAGGCAACUGGGAGAGCACUGGCAGACGAUUACGAGGUCAAGGGUACACAUUGCGACGACAGAUUUGGCAAGCUUCAGGCAGGGAGUGCUUGAGAGAGGAUCGUCGAAUCUUGCGCUUUAUUAUAGGUUGGCCGCGGGAGAAGGUUUGCUGAAUUACGGGUCAUCGAAUGCGAAUGCCUGGUUAAGCACAGGUGUGCAAUGGCAGUGGAAGAGUAUACAGCAGCAAAUAGCCGGUAAUUAG